AUCACACUACAAUACUUUCUCAUCCUUAGUUUUACCUGUGACACCCUCGCAAUGACAAGCCGGCGCAGCAAAGGGGACACUUAAGGGGAAUUUACGGAAAUCAUUACAGCUAGGAAACUAUAUCAAAUAAUUGAGAGUAACUAUUGGGGAUAUUCGUUGGUAUCGACUUGGAGUAACUUUGGAUACUUGGACAGUGACUAUCGGAGAAUAUCUAUCUAUUCAUCAUUUUCGCUUACACAUUGCAUGAAACUGAGAGUGGAAGCACCAUGAGUCGGAAAACUAGACGCUGGAUUUUUCGGGUUUUGCUUUGCCUUGGGAUUGUCUAUUUGAAAAUCGGUGUUUUUUCAUCCGUGGUCGCGCUAGGUGCGAGUAUAAUCUGUAACAAGAUUCCCGGGUUGGCUCCCCGACAGCGGAUAAUCUGCCAGAGUCGCCCCGAUGCCAUUAUUGUCAUCGGAGAGGGAGCCCAAAUGGGGAUCAACGAGUGUCAGUUUCAAUUCAAAAAUGGGCGCUGGAACUGCUCUGCGCUUGGAGAGAGAACGGUCUUCGGAAAAGAGUUGAAAGUGGGCAGUAAAGAGGCUGCGUUCACCUAUGCCAUCAUUGCGGCCGGAGUUGCCCACGCCAUCACUGCAGCCUGUACGCAGGGAAACCUGAGUGACUGCAGCUGUGAUACGGAGAAGCAGGGUUUCUACAGUAAAGGCCAGGGCUGGAAGUGGGGAGGCUGUUCAGCAGACAUCAGCUACGGCCUGGGCUUCUCGAAGGUGUUCGUUGAUGCCAGGGAGGUCAAACAGAACGCCAGGUCUCUCAUGAACCUGCAUAACAACGAGGUGGGACGCAAGAUCCUGGAGAAGAACAUGCAUCUGGAAUGCAAGUGUCAUGGUGUUUCGGGCUCCUGCACCACUAAAACCUGCUGGACUAAACUUCCCAAGUUUCGCGAGCUCGGCUACAUUCUCAAAGAGAAGUAUGCCCAUGCUGUGCACGUGGAACCGGUCAAAGCCAGCCGCAACAAGCGGCCCAAAUUCCUCAAGAUCAAGAAGCCCUACUCCUACCGGAAGCCCAUGGACACAGACCUUGUGUUCAUUGAGAAGUCCCCUAACUACUGCGAGGCGGACCCGGUGACAGGCAGUAUGGGGACGCAGGGCCGGAUGUGUAAUAAGACUGUUACGCAGCAGAUCAGCGGCUGUGACCUGAUGUGCUGUGGACGAGGGUACAACACACACCAGUACUCCCGCGUGUGGCAGUGCAACUGCAAGUUCCUGUGGUGCUGCUACGUCAAAUGCAACACCUGCAGCGAGAGGACAGAGGUGUACACCUGCAAAUGACAGUAUUUAUUGGACCGUCGUGUGUGUGUGUGUGUGUGU